AUGACCCAAGUAGUUGUUCUCGGAGCAGGUGUUCUAGGCCUUACUACUGCAAUAGAGUUGAAGAAAUGGGACCCAAAUUUACAGAUUUCUAUUAUUGGACAUCAUUUACCAGGUGAUAUUGACCCUUCCUAUACAUCCCCUUAUGCUGGAGCCAAUUGGCAAUCUUUUGCAACUUUCGAGGACACUAGAUUACAGAAGAUUGACGAAAAAGGGUAUAAAAGGUUUUUACAGCUUGCCAAAGACGAUUUUAGAUCGGGGAUAUGGUCAGUAGACACAAUAUCAUAUUUUACUGAUUAUGCAGUAAGUCGAGCCAAGGGUAAUUUCAGACAAUUCAUUCCAUGGUACAGAAACGUUGUUGAGGAUUUCAAGAUUAUUGACUCUCAAGAUAUCCCUUUUGCAGAUAUUUCUUUUGGAACAAAGUUUAAGGGAGUUGUCAUUUCCGUUCCUACGUAUCUUUCCUUCUUGGUACAACAAAAUAAGGAAUUGGGAAAUGCAAUUGCUAAAAUUCCAUUACUCAAAGAUAUAGAAGAGGCAAGAAAUUUCACCACUACUGGCAAAAAAGCAGAUAUUGUGAUUAAUGCAAGUGGUUUGGGUGCUUCAGCUUUGAAAGGGGUUGAUGAUAGGAAAAUUAACUUUUCUGUUAGGGGACAAGUGUUGCUAGUUAAAAACAACAUCAAGUCGAUGGUUUCGGUUGAUGGGUUUCCUGGAUUUCCAAAUGAAAUGUUGUACAUGAUGCCCAGAAAGGAAGGUGGCACCAUUAUUGGAGGUUGCUUCUUGGCCGGCGAUAAAAACGAGAAAGAAGAUAAAGAGUUGACUUCGAGGCUAAUCAACAGAGCAAUCAAAUACGCGCCUGAAAUUGUUGACCCAGAGUAUAAGAAUAAUCCAAUUGAGAUAGAGAUUAAGCAAGUGAAUGUUGGGUUUAGACCAUUUAGGGAAGACGGUCCACGAGUCGAACUCGAUAAGCAUCGUAAAUGGUUAAUCCAUGAAUAUGGUGCAGGUGCUGGUGGAUACCAAGGAAGCUAUGGUCUUGCUCAAGAAGUUGUAAAAAUUGUUAAGGAUAAUCUAUCUAAAGGGAAUUCCAAGUUAUAA